CUCGCCUGCAUUCAAGCAGUUUGUUGUUACACAAGAGGAAGGAAAAGAUUUUGCUGCAAUUCAGUUGUUCAUUCAUCGAAUCGAUAAGAGACGCCGAUAAUUCGACAAAAUGAUCUGGACUAUCAUAGCUGUGCUCGUCGCACUGUAUUACUAUUUUACGGCGUACUUUAACUUUUGGAAAAAUCGCUCGAUUUCGGGGCCAAAACCUGUGCCAAUAUUUGGGAACAUGUUCUCGGUAAUCACUUGCAGAGAAUCGCUCAGGAAUUUUAUACAGGAGCUGUAUGUUCGAUACAAAAACGAGCCUAUGUACGGAAUAUUCGUGCGAAGAAAGCCUGUACUCGUUGUCCAGGAUCCUGAGAUCAUUAAGGAUGUCCUCAUCAAGGAUUUCCCCAAAUUUGCGAAUCGUGGAUUUUUGAUGCAUGACAUAGCAGAGCCGCUCUCCCAGCACAUCUUCUCUCUGGAAGCAAAAAGGUGGCGGCCAUUAAGGACCCAUCUGUCACCUGUAUUCACAUCGGCCAAACUCAAAGGAAUGUUCUCCCUUAUUCUUGAAUGUUCCAACCACCUCGAGUCCUACUUGGACACGUUGGUGACGAAAGGAGAAAUUGUGGAGAUACGAGAGGUGGCCGCCAAGUUCACCACAAAUGUGAUAGGCAGCUGUGCCUUUGGCAUCGACAUGAACUCGUUGACGGAGGAGGAGAGCCAGUUCCGUCGAAUAGGCAAAGAUAUAUUUCAUGUCCGUGGGAUGAGGCUGCUGAGGCUUAGGUUCAAGGAAUGCAUGGGUGAUCUGUACAAUUUCCUCGGUUAUUUCCUUCCCUACGAUAAAGUGACUGUGUUCCUCAAGAAGCUCACUGUCGACACGUUGAAGUACAGGCAGGAGCAUAAUGUUGUCAGACACGACUUCAUGAACACGCUUCUGGAACUACGAAAUCAUCCUGAGAAACUCAAAGAAAUUGAAUUAAGUGACAAUUUUCUCGCUGCACAAGCAUUCCUCUUCUUCGCUGCUGGUUUCGAAACUUCCUCGACGACUAUGACCAAUGCUCUGUAUGAAUUAGCACUAAAUCAAGACGUUCAGGACAAACUGAGAGAAGAACUAAUAGAAUUCAGUGCGAAGAAUGACGGAGAAUGGAGCUACGAAACCAUUAAGGAAAUGACAUAUUUGGACAAAGUAUUUAAAGAGACAUUAAGAAAGUAUCCAGUCUCAGUACUCCUACUCAGAGAAACGACAGAAAAUUACAUCUUCAGGGACAUGAAAGUGUCGAUACCGAAAGGACAGAAAGUAUGGAUCCCCAUGUUUUCCAUCCACAGAGAUCCAAAUAUCUAUCCAGAGCCGGAAAAAUUCGAUCCUGAGAGAUUCUCAGAAGAAGCAGUGGAGGCCAGACAUCCUAUGCACUAUCUACCCUUUGGUCUUGGGCCAAGGAAUUGCAUUGGUGCUCGUUUUGGAACUUACCAGACGAAGAUUGGAUUAAUCAAGAUUCUACGUUCUCAUAAGGUAGACGUUUGCGAAAAGACCCCAAUUCCAUACGAAUUUUGUCCAGUAGCAUUUGUCCUGGUUCCAAAAGGUGGAGUGCAUUUGAAAGUAACGAAAAUUGAAAAUUAA